UUAAUAGCUUACCGACGACCGAAAAGUCUACGAGACAGACUUGUUCGAUCUAGAUUUGUAAAUGAAACACCUCAGAAUUUGAGACCAAAGGGAUGUAGAGCAUGUGAAAGAACGAAGUGUAGUUGGUGUAAAAAGAUCAACCAGACCACAACUUUCACCAGUCCCAAUAACAACAAGACCUAUACCAUAUUUCAUACAGUGGACUGCCAAUCGUCAUGGAUCAUUUACAUAAUCGAGUGCAACAUUUGCAAACUUCAAUACAUUGGCAAAAGCGAAACUGCAUUUAACCUACGGUUAAACAAUCACAGAAACCAUAUUAAAAAGGGAGUGAGUAGCUGCGAACUCACGGAACACUUUUUACAUAACAAACGAACUCACGACUUUAACAAUAAUGUUACCAUAACCAUUAUAGAGCAAAUCCGAAAAGAUCAUUUACAGACUGACAAAAAGAAAGAAGUUCUUAGAGAAAGAGAGAUUUUUUGGCAAAGAACAUUAAACUCCUUUCAGCCAUAUGGACUAAACAAAAGAACUGGAUAAAGCUUUUACGCGAAAACCUUUAUUAAGUUUUAGGUACAUAAAUUGUUUAUAACAUACGUUAUAAAGGUUUUAAAACUGUUAACCAAUUAGAAACACUAAUUGUUUACGAGAGAUUUUACACAGCAUUUAAUUAAGCAACAUGCACUAUACUACGUCACACUAUUAACCAAUUACGACUCUGUAACAAUUGCAUGUCAAGGCCCCUGAGGAAGGCAAAUGCCGAAACGCGUCGGGUCUUUAAUAAAGCGUUGAAAACGGAA